GUAUCUGAGUCCCUAUUCACCGUCCGUUAACGGGCCUCUGUUCUCAGUGGCACAAUUCUCAAUAUGACAGUUUCCUGCGCCGCAGAAAUCAGUUCCAUUGCGCAGACACGAACAAUAAUAAUGACUACAUCCGAGCUUAACUUGAGCCUUAUGUCUAUACAUUUGGGUCGAAAAUAUAGACAAUUACUAAAAUAAAGGCUAGUGACCAAGAAAUUAAUGCGAUCACAGAUAAGCAUCCUUGUGAUAAGAACACCCAAUCAGAAUUUCAGGAAACUUCGCCACUUCAUCUCUUUCCACUUCAACUCUUAAAUCGUCGCAUCUUGUUAUUGUCAUUGCUAUUAUUAUUUCAGCUUCAUCGUAGAAAUUGUCCGGAGAGGGAUAUCUUAUGCCUCUGGAAAGAUGGACGUUCCAAUUGCAGCAGACGUUCUUGGAACAAUAGGCGCGGUCUGUUGGUCGAUCCAGCUGUUGCCUCAAAUUUUCAUCAACUAUCGCCGCCAUAAUACUGAAGGCUUGCAGCCGGCGAUGAUGUUGUUAUGGGCCGCAGCCGGUGUGCCACUCGGCGUCUAUAAUAUCGUAGAGGACUUCAAUGUGGCUCUAAAGAUUCAGCCUCAAAUCCUCACGACGCUUAGUCUGAUCACAUGGGCACAGUGCCUUUAUUAUGGAAAGAAAUAUUCGGUGCUUCGAUGCAUCUCUGCUGUUAUACCCCUUCUUAUGGUUCUAGGAGGAAUCGAAGUAGCUCUGAUCUUUGCACUAUUGGCUGCUAGAAACAAUGAUCUCAGAUGGCCUAUUGUCUUGAUGGCGGUUCUCAGCGCUGCUUUCCUGGCAGCAGGGGUGCUGACCCAUUACUGGGAUAUCUAUGUUCAUCGAACCGUGAGAGGAAUAAGCUUCAUAUUCGUUGGAAUUGACGCUGCCGGAGACUUGUUUUCUCUCGUGUCUGUCUUGUUUGAGCCGAUGUAUUUAUUUGCGGUGCUGUCUAUAACCUCACGCCUUGGAUCAAGCGGCGUUCGAAGAAACGGUGCGUCAACGUGCAAGAGCCGGUCUCUUUGCACCCGAUGCCUUCGUCGACUUCUGUGUUUAGAACAGCAUCCGGCACGGACGUGGUAACCAGGAGAACCAGACCGCAGCUCUCUUAAAAUGC